UCGGGGAGGUCGGGCUCGCAUCGCGUUCCUCAUGUCCAAUCGAUCCCCGCUCGGGAGGAGCGACGGGAGAGCAUCAGGAGUAUCACUCCUGCAUCCCUGAAUCCCUUCACUCUCAUCAGCAUCUCUCUCGGGCGACCGCGGCGCAUCUCCGUGUCAGCGACUUGGAGGGAAGAAGAGGAGGGAGUGAGAGGAACUUGUUUGGAGCCGGAGCUCGCCUUCCGGAGGGACGGAAUUAACGCACAUCUUGGAGACUUUUACCUUCCCCGUUCCCCGGCUCCAGUUUGAUCUUGAGAUGGGACUCGGUGAGAUCAAGGCAGCCCGGAGCCGGUCGCUAUUGCUCACCUGUGCCGUUUCUCCGGCGCAGCAGUAAAGCGCUCUCUUCGCACUAUUUUGUGUGGGACCUGGACAAAGAGGCUCAGAAGGGUUGACUGUUUGAAGUCUGGAAGUUGAAGCAGAAAAGUGACAAAAGUGCUCCACUUCUCUCGCUCUUUCUGUCGCUCACUUGGAUCCUGUACAGUUGGCACUGAUCAUGUCUUCGUGAUUGUAGAUCCGGAGGCGUCUUGUGUUUAAGGUGAGGAAGAGGAGGAGGAAGAGGAGGAGAUCCGAGGUGCGAGUGAACGCCGCCAUGAGCUUCACUCCGUGAGGACCUGGCCAGUGGAAGACAGACGACAGACAGGAUGAAGCUGAGGGGAAGGUCAGCUUGGCCUUGGCAGGUGGCCUUCCUUGUUGCCUUGGUGAUGCUCUGGGUUGACCCUGUGUCCGCCGGCAGCCGUAAUCAUCGGGGACCAACAGUGUCGUAUCAGGUGAAGCAGGGCACCUGUGAGGUGGUGGCCAUCCAUCGCUGCUGCAACAAGAACAAGAUUGAGGAGCGAUCGCAAACCGUCAAGUGCUCCUGCUUCCCGGGCCAGGUUGCCGGGACGACCAGAGCCAGACCCUCCUGCGUGGAAGCCUCUAUUGUCGCCCAGAAGUGGUGGUGUCACAUGCAGCCCUGCAUGGACGGAGAGGAGUGCAAAGUCCUGCCCGACCUGACAGGCUGGUCAUGCAGCACCGGCAACAAAGUCAAAACCACCAAGGUCACACGAUAGCGAGAGAGCCGCCGAAGCAAAAAGGAAACCCAAAGCGCUCCAUGUGGAGACAGCGGAUGACUCACGCAUUCACAGCCCAACGGGGGGAAAUAUGGAGGUGAAGGGACUGCUGUCUGUCACAAAAACACAAAAUGGAUCAAAUGUUCUCAUCAAAACCACAUGGAGACCCACAUGCAGCAAAAACUGAAGCUACGAGACUGCAGUCGGGGUCACACACGGACAACGACGUCAUUCCUACUCUCUACGGUGGAUCUCAAAACACAAAAAUGCAGUAUUUUGAAACUGUGCUUUGAGCCGAGCGUUUCUGGUGCGAGAGCGCAGCGUGAACUCGAGGAUGCGCUAACGGCGUCGUCAAACUCUGGAAGCCUUUGCCGGAGACAGGAGUGACGAAGGUCUGGGAGCCACGAAAGAGAUAAAAGCUCAUAACUGGUGAAAUAGCAAAUUAGCAUCAGAAUGCUCUUGUGGGUCAUGUCACCGACGCUCACGCUGUUUUUGCAGGAGUCAUUUUGCAGCUCUAAUUAGGGGGGGGAUCGCAGUAGAAUCAUAACAGCAUUAUUAAAAAUUCAUGUAGGGUAUUUGCACCCGUCGGAACCGUUUGGGUGACGUUUUAUUGUUUGGUACGCGACACAUCCUUUGUGGCGUAUCUGAAAUGAAACUGGAGGUGAAGCGUUUUGUAAACUGUCUGACGUUCAAAGUACUGUAGAUAAAUAUGCAUAUCGUAAACCAUUAAUUCUGAGUAGUUAUUUGGUGAAAAAAAAAAAAAAGUAUUUAUGGACCUUUACUUUCUUGCAGCUUGGAACAAUAUGAACUAGCAAACUAUGUCUCAUUUAUUUCUCUUUUUAUUUUCGCCCGGAGACAUUUAUGAGCUCAUCCUUCAGAGUUAUGUCUCCUUGAUCUGCUGGGUUCAGUCUGUGGCUACGGUUUUUAAGGAAGCCCAUAAACGCUCAACCAAACGGAAUCAUUUGUCUUUCUGCUUUUUCAUACAGCUGACUGAAACAGAUUUUUCUAGCUACAGUGACUUGCAAAAGUAUCAAUACCUCUUGGCCAUUUUAGCAUUUUUGUUUCUUAAAGAACAGAAACCGAUGUAUUUCACUUUGAUUACAUAAAAUAGUCCAACACAAAAUAGUGAGGGGCUGCACAGUGGUGCAGUUGGUAGAGCUGUUGCCUUGCAGCAAGAAAGUCCUGGGUUCGAUUCCCGGCCCGGGGUCUUUCUGCAUGGAGUUUGCAUGUUCUCCCUGUGCAUGGUGGGUUCUCUCCGGGUUCUCCGGCUUCCUCCCACAGUCCAAAAACAUGACUGUCAGGUUAAUUGGUUUCUCUAAAUUAUCCCUAGGUGUGAGUGUGUGUGUGAAUGGUUGUGUGUCCUGUAUGUUUUCUGUGUUGCCCUGCGACAGACUGAUGACCUGUCCAGGGUGAAUCCCGCCUCUCGCCCGGAACGUAGCUGGAGAUUGGAACCAGCAACCCUCCUGACCCCAUUAGGGACAAGGGUGAACAGAAAAUGGAUGGAUGGACAAAAUAGUGAAGUGUUUGGUGGAAGAUAUUUAUUCAAAAAUGUUUGCCAAUUAAUAUCGGAACAUUUGUACAGCUUUGUACCUGACGUCUCCGUUGUGUCUGGUCUUCAUGACGUUAUUUAUUUUGCUAUUUUUCUCUAACAAACCUCCAAGGCCUUCACAGAACCGUUAGAUUUACAUCUAUGCUAAACCUCACACAGGUACACUGGCUUCCAUUAGAAAUGUAUGCAAAAAAAAAAAGAAUCGUUUCCGUUCAGCAAAUUUGUUUUUUAGUUUCAAUUUGCACAAUCAAACGGUCAAUGUUUGAUUGUUUGUCAGAUGAUCAUCCACUAACAAAUGCAAAUCCUAUAUACCGUUUUCCAGCAACUUAACAAUCUUACACUACUUUGUGUUUUUCUAAACAUAAAUAAAAGUCAAAAUGCUCCAGGGGUAUGAAUACUUUUGCAAGGCGCUGUAUUUUUUUUUUUACUUUUAAUCCACUGUGGAUACUGUGUGGCAUUUUAUACAAGCGUAAAUAGCGAGACUGAUUUGUCUUUACAUUUUGUAUGUCAAGAAUGCAAACCGGUUCAAUUAGUGGAGGUUUUUAUCUCUACCUUUAUCGGUGGAUGGAUCUUUUUGUGUUCUACAUUUUCCAUUGAUUGUGUCUGAUCAAUGCUUCUGUGUGGUUUACAGAAAUAAUUGCUGCAGAUAAUGUCAGCGUUAGGAACCUUCUUUCUUUCCGCCCCUCAUCCUCUACAGGGCCUGAUCAUUACUGCAGUACAGCAGUGUUGCACAGCAAGCAGCCGUCACACUUUUCUGUCUUCUCUGUCAGACUCUUUUCCCCUCUCUCAUGCCCCUCUCCUCUAACACACUGACAAAGUGAUGAUGGCGCUGUUAAAAGAAAGUUUUGCUCCACACACUGCAUCACAGUUUUCUCGCUUGAACUAGAAUGGAGCUUUUCUUUCUUUCUUUCGUUUUUUUUUUUUUUUUUGCUGUCACGCUUUUCAAAAUGAAGUUUUCUCUCUCCUGGACAUUGCAUCCAAAUCUUUCUCACACGGCAUCAAGUCUGCCUCUCUGAUACGUGAAUGUGUUGGGUCAGCAUGCCUAGGGGUUAGCCUUCUGGGGCCAGCUCCUCCUCCUCCUCCUCUGCGGCCGAGAGCCUCUGCUUCUCAGACACUUGCUGCCUUGUGAGCUAUGAUAAAUCUUUGGGAGCUGAGCCGCUGACUCUCCGGCUGCAGCGCUGCGCUCUGAGCCAGAGGGAGCUCGGGGGACGGCAGGUCUACCAGUGGCAGGCGCCUCCACUCUCUCAUUACUGAGAGGCCUGGAUAGAGCCGGGCUCCUCCUGGGAACACUGACAUGGAAUAUUUUUAGGCUUACGGUGCAGCGUUGCUGUUAGGCCAGUCACACCACACUGCCCUCUUUCUUUGAGCACCGUCUCAGCAACAAUAGUCUAUUUUGAGAAGAAGAAGAAGAAGAAGAAAAAAAAACCCAUGACGUUCUGCAGCAGCAUUCAUGCACAUUUUAUAUAUACAUAUAUACAAAAAAAACAACAACAAAAAAAAAAGAACAUGCACACGGACAUUAGGGUAAACUUACAGGUGCUUCUCGGUAGAACAUCAUCGUACGUGUUCACUUAUUCACUUCAGAAGGUGAAACCCGUUUCAUUACGCACAAAGUCAUGUAUCUCAAGCAUUUAUUUCUGUUCAUUUUGAUAGUCGAUGAAAAUGUACAAUUCAGAUUAACAGAAAAUGUGAAUAUUAUAGAAGACAGAUUUAAAAUAAAGUGUAUUUACAACAGAAGUGUACUAAGUUGGGCCACCUUUUGUACGGGUCACUCCAUCAAUAUAGCAUGACAAGGAGGCCGACCGCCUGCGGCUCUGCUGGGUGUUGAAGAAGCUCGGGUUGCUCCGUCAGCAGCCCUGACCUCGUCUGCAUCGUUGGAUUUAGGGUCAAAACCCUCUAAAGGCAGCAGUGAUUCCUGUGGAACUUCCUCACCCCACUUCUUCCUUCCACUAAGCUUCCCAUAAACGUGCUCGGAUAAAGCCCUCUGUGAGCAUCCUGCUUCUUUAGCGAUCUUUGUGUGGCUUACACUCCUUAUCCAGGGUCAGGGUUGAAUGACUGUCUACUGCUUUUAUUGGUCCAAUAAAAUAUUAAAAUUUUCUGCACAACUGAGUUUUGAGUUUUCAUUGUUUACAUUGUCAUAAGCAUUGUCAUUAAAAACAUUUACAGAAAUAAACCACGGGAAUAUAUCCCUGUGUGCAAUCUCUAAAGCUGAAUUAUUAAAAUAUGUCGUCUUUUGGAUCUUUUUUUUUUUUUUUUUUGCUUCGGUGAGAUGAGGAAGGAAGUAACGAACUGACUGUUUCCUGUUUCCAAAUGAGAACUGCAAUAUUUAACCACCCUCCUUCCUGACAAACAUUUUCACUGUUCCAUGUCGGUUUCUGCAGCAGUCAAUAUUUGAGGGCUGUUUUUGCACAGCGCUGCUCCCUGGUGGCCGGAGCCUGAGCUGCAGCUCGAUCCCCAGUUUCAGCUGCAUUUAGGAAGACGUAACGCCAGCCAGCUGGGGAUUCACAUCUUUUCAAAAGGUGUCAAAGUUGAAGCAGAAAAUCUGCAGAGCACACAGUGCAUUUGUCUUCUCUGCCGGCGCUGGCCUCUGCUGAUGCCAGAGGAGACCAGCUGAGCUCCCACGGCCUCAAGGUGUUCGCGUUAUUAUGUCCACCUCUAAUGAGGAUGGUACGAAGCAUGCAAAUUUAGUUGACACCCGUGAAUAUCCAGUCAUUUGUACAUCACCUUCGCCUUUUACAAAAAAAAUUCGUCAAGC